AGCUUUUAUUCACUCAUUCUCUUUUCUUUUCCUUCCCCAUUCUUCAUCUUCGUGUUCCGAUUCAACUGAAUCCAAAUGGAGUCCGAUUCCGACUCCGAUGGAUCUCACAUCUCCGCAACUCCACCAAGAAAAUCAACUCCAUCACCACCACCACCACCACCUGUAGUAGUUUCAAAAAAAUCCAGAAUCAGAAUCAAACCUUCAAAAUCAAAACCAAAACCAGACCCUUCCGGAUCCUCCAAAAUCCAGUCCAAAUCCGACCCGAUCCAGCAAGCCACCCUUCUCUCCCUCCCCACCGAUCUACCCUUCCAAAUCCGGCGACCUUCCGACGCGCCGUCGAUUUCGUACUCCAUCGAAACCCUCCCCGCCGGCUACUUCUCCUCCUCCCAUUCUGCUUCCUUCUCGAAAAUUCGAAGACCUCUCCUCAAUCUAGAACCUUCUGAAGUCGAACAACCGGUUUUUACUUCCGUCGCGUCUGACUCACGCGCCGAGGGCGCCGACUUGAGGAAGCGUGGGAAGAGCCAGCUUCCCAACCUGAUUGGCUCCAGUGCGCCAAUGCCGAGCGUGAAGCCGCGAACAUCCGGAGCCGGCGAAGGGAACUUCGUGAAGCUCAACAUGAAUGGCAAGAGAAAGAAGUUCCUCAACAAGAGAGGGAAAUUUGGCGGGAAAAGGUACAAGAGUUGGAGAUUCAAAUCGCAGCGCGAGAAGGAGGAGGAGCAAGAAGAGGCUGUUGGAGAGUUGAAACAGAGAGGGGGUUGUAAGAGGAGGGAGAUUGAUGGUGAUGCAGUGGAGGAGGCUGCGACCGCAGCACGCAACGUGCCUUCGGAGGAGAAUUUGGUGAAGCUGUUGAGAUUGGUUCAUGGUUAUGAUUGCUUUCGAGAUGGGCAGGUUGAGGCGAUUAAAAUGGUUCUUGCCGGGAAGUCUAGUGUGGUUGUUUUGCCGACCGGUGCAGGAAAGUCGCUGUGUUAUCAGUUGCCUGCUGUGAUCUUGCCUGGUGUUACAUUGGUUGUUAGUCCAUUGGUAGCUUUGAUGAUUGAUCAGUUAAGGCAAUUGCCUCAUGUGAUUAUGGGUGGUCUUCUAUCCAGCACUCAGACACCUGAAGAAGCCUCUGAAUCACUCAAGCAGCUUCGUCAAGGGGGGAUAAAGGUGCUUUUUGUUUCACCAGAGCGGUUUCUGAAUGAGGAGUUUCUGUCUACUAUUUCUUCUUUGCCAGCCAUCUCACUUGUUGUUAUUGAUGAAGCACAUUGUAUAUCUGAAUGGUCUCACAAUUUCCGACCAUCUUUUAUGAGACUUAGAGCAUCUCUGCUUCAUAAGACACUUAAUGUUCGUUCUGUGCUUGCUAUGACAGCAACUGCUACAACCACAACUUUAGAUGCCAUCAUGUCUGCUCUAGACAUUCCUUCCACAAAUCUUAUUCAGAAGGCGCAGUUAAGGGACAAUUUUCAUUUGUCAGUGUCUUUGGUCAGAAAUAGAAUGAAAGACCUACUGAAUCUGAUAAAGUCUCCUCCUUUUGUGGAAGUUCAAAGCAUGAUCAUAUACUGCAAAUUUCAGUAUGAAACUGAUCAAAUUAACAGAUAUUUGAAUGAUAACAACAUCUUGGCAAAGAGUUAUCAUAGUGGUAUCUCUGCAAAGGAACGUAGCUAUGUACAGGAGUUGUUUAAUUCCAACAAGAUCAGAGUGGUUGUUGCAACUGUGGCAUUUGGCAUGGGACUAGAUAAAAGAGAUGUCGGAGCUGUAAUUCAUUACAGUUUGCCUGAAAGUCUGGAAGAGUAUGUACAGGAAAUAGGACGUGCUGGAAGGGAUGGGAGGUUGUCGUACUGUCACCUAUUUUAUGAUGAUGAGACAUAUUUCAAACUUCGUAGUCUAACGCACAGUGAAGGAGUAGAUGAAUAUGCAGUGAACAAAUUUCUGCGUGAAGUGUUUCCUGCUGACAAAAACUCCUGUGGGAAAAUCUGUUCAUUAAUCAAAGAAUCUGCUUCACGCAGAUUUGAUAUGAAAGAAGAGGUGAUGCUUACACUUUUGACACGCUUGGAGUUGGGUGAUGUACAGUACUUGCAGUUACAUCCACAGAUAAAUGUAACUGGCACUUUGAAUUUUCACAAGUCUCCUCCGCCAUUACUUGCUCAGAAGGUUUCUGCUAUAGCUGUAAUUCUAAAAAGAUCUGAAACCAAGCAUGGGCAAUAUAUUUUUGACAUUCCAACUGUGGCAAAUGACAUGGGGGUUACAGCAGUGGAAUUAAUAAAUCAGUUGUACGACCUGAAGUUGAUGGGAGAAAUAACUUAUGAAAUGAAGGACUUGGCCUACUGUUAUAGGAUCAUUGAAGUCCCAACAGACUUGUUAUCUCUAUCAGCAGAUAUUACCCGAUGGUUAUCGGAAGUUGAAAAUUGUAAGGUACGAAAAAUGGAUGCAAUGUUUAAUGCUGCAUAUUUUGCAUUAAAUCUAUGUGAUACGAUGCAAGGUUGCAGUGGUGCCAAUCAUACACCAUGCUUGCAAAGGAAAAUAUUGGAUUACUUUUCUGGAGUUGAUAAUGCUGAUUUCUGCAAGAAAAUUGGUCAAAGCAGCCCUUUCCUGCGGGCAGAUAUAAAGGUCUUUCUGCAGAGCAAUUCACAGGCUCGAUUUACACCAAGAGCCGUUGCGAGGGUAAUGCAUGGAAUUGCAAGCCCAGCUUAUCCUUCAACAGCAUGGAGUAAAACUCAUUUCUGGGGAAGGUAUACGCAUAUAGACUUUCAGGUAGUGAUGGAAGCAGCAAAGGAAGAACUUAAGAAUUUUGUUGGAAAAGAUACACUCUAGCCGUUUAGAAUUGAUUGAGUUUACCAUACAAAUUUGGAUCGGGGAUCACCUAGUCUUUAACAGAAUCCGUCCAAGACCUGCAUUGAUCCAAGGCCCAGAAAAAAAAAGCUUAAUUUAUGUGCCCUAUCAAGUGGUUGGACUCCAAUUGGGGAGUUCCGUGGCAUGUUAUUGUUGUCGUAAAUUUGGCACCAGCACAUGUCUGUCAUCACAUGUUGAGACAAACGAAAGGAAAAUUGAAGCUCUGCCUCAUUUGUGUCAUUGAUUUGCAUUUGUCCAAUUGUCCGUUGGGAUAGCAUGCGUCCUGUGGUUGGAGGAAUCAUGGAUUUACAAUCCUUUGCUGUCUGAUAUUUUGUUGUUAUCACUUUGUCCUAGAGUCUGGUCUAAAGGAAAAAGCAGAUCAACUCACUCAACUUUUAGUUUUUUCUUUUUCCCUCCUUUCUUGAAUAGCACCCAAUGCCAACAACGGCUUAACGGUGUUAUUAUUUGCUUACACUUAAAUAUCUUCUUUAAAUUUCUGAGUAUGUGCUCGUGUAUACAUAGUAAUUCACAUUAACACAACAAUGACAAAAUUAUUUGACCUUUUUCACUAUAUUUUUGUGUCAAGUGGCAUUCAAUUGUUUAUUUUA